AUGGCAGAAGAUAAAGUGGUCCAGCUGUACAAUGCUGUCCAAGACGGCUCCAUUGAGCAGGUCCAGCAGCUGUUGGAAGAAGGCUUAGAUAUAAAUGUUAAGGUGAAGUUUGGCUGGACACCCCUCCUCAGUGCCGUUCAGGGAGGCAAGGUGGAGCUUGUCCGCUUUCUCCUUGACCAAGGGGCUGAUCCCUGUGCUAAGAAGGAUAACGGCGCUACCUCUUUCAUUAUAGCAGGUAUAACAGGCAACGUGAUGCUUUUGGAGCUCUUUCUUUCUAAGGGGUCAGAAAUCAACGAGCACGAUGACAACGGUUUCACAGCAUUCAUGGAAGCUGCGUGGUACGGGAAAGAAGAAGCUCUGAGGUUCUUGCAUGGCAGAGGGGCAGAUGUAAAUUUGGGGAGAAUAGUGGAUGAAGAAAAAAGGUGUCUGAAUAAAGGGGGCGCAACAGCUCUGAUGGAUGCUGCUAGGAGAGGUCAUUUUGCUAUCGUCCAAGCCCUUGUGGAUGAAAUGAAUGCUGAUGUGAACAUUUGUGACAAUCAGGAUAGGAAUGCUUUCAUUCAUGCUCUCUCAGUGAGACAAGAUCAGCCCUGGAGCCAAGCCAAAGAGGCAGUGGCCCUUUUCCUCUUAAAAAAAGGGGCCGAUACAACCAAGAGAGAUGAAGGUGGGAAGACCACUCUCAUCCUGGCAGUGGAACAGGAGAGCCAAGAGUUGGUGAAGGCUAUACUGGAAAAAGAUGAAGUGGACAUCAAUGAUGGUGACAAAAACAGCCAAACGGCACUGAUGGUAGCAGUGGAGAAACGGAACUGCAACAUAGCAAGGAUGCUGUGUGAGAAAAGUGCCAGGACAGACAUUGGGAACCUCAUUGAGAUCGCCAAUAGGACUUACAACAGUGACAUGAAAGAGCUGCUUCGCAAAUAUGGCGCCAGGGCUACUUUAAGCCAGCCUGGUUCGAACCAGAUGCAGUGGAUAUCUUCCAGCAGGCGAUGGGGAUCGCAGCUCCAGGCCCUCUGUGGAAUGUAUCGUCCUGUGAUUGGGAAGCUUAAGAUCUUCAUGUAUGAGCCAUUCAGGAUUCAGAGAAUCUCCCAAGGUGGUGUCUACCUUGGGUUCUAUGACGGAGAAGAGGUAGCUGUGAAGGUUUACCGUGUAGGUGCAGAAAAUGCAGAUAAAGAGAAGACAUGCCUUGAAAAAUGCCGUAGGAGCAACCACCUGGUGAAGUACUAUGGGUCGGAGGAAUGGAAGACCUGUCUCUACUUGUGCUUCACUCUGUGCGAGCAGAACCUUGAGGAAUACUUCAAGAGGGCAGAGAAUACUGAUCUGAAGAGUAAAGACAUUCUUAAAACAAUCUUUCAGGCAUUGCAGGAGCUACAUGCGUUUGGAUUUGGCCACCAGGAUCUUCACCCAAGCAACGUUUUGAUAGAUGCUGCUGGCAAGGUUUUCCUAGCAGAUUUUGAUAAAAGCAAAAAAUUAGCUGGCAGUGAUGCUGAGAAAAAUCUUAUAAUCACAGAAGACCUCCAGGCUCUCGAAAGGCUUGUCUUAUACACUGCCAUGAGGGGCCGGGCGCGUUUUGAAGAUUUGCCUGCGAAGUGUCCAGCUGAGGUAGUCAACAACAUUGAGAUUGAAGCUCUCAGAGCACGGCUGAAAUCUCCCGAUGAAGAAACACCAGUGAGUGAUCAGCUGGGGAACUUGAUUCAGCAUCCUUAUUUUUGGAGCAAUCAGGUGAAAUACAGGUUUUUAAGAGAUGUUGGGAAUGACGCACGCAUUGAUAAACAGAAAAAUGAGAACACAGCAUUUUGGGAGGCUUUGAAUAGUGACAAGAAACGUUUCAAAGACUGGAAGAAAAAGAUAGACCAGGAGGUUCUAGUCAGUAUGGGCAAACGAUAUGAUUGGAACAGUGUGACGGAUUUACUGAGGCUAAUCAGGAAUAUUGGGGAACACCUCCACGAGAAGAGUGAUCAGGUGAGGAAGAUAUUGGAGAAGCCCGAAGAUUAUUUUCUGGACCUUUUUCCAGAAUUAACAAUGCACGUCUACCAGACUUCGUAUAAUCUAUCGUAUUUCAAACAUUUUCCAAACACCAAGACUCUUUCUCAUCUGUAA